CCGAACCGAACCGAAACCAACCCGAUAUCCGGAUUGAACACCCGUAAUCCAAAUGAAGCCAAACUAUUGUUUCAUUCACCAAAAUAUAAUAAAAAUAAUAACUUAAUCCCGCGCAAGGCGCGGGUCUUAUCCUAGUGAUAGUAUAUUUCUCGCGUAAUAAAUAAUCAAAGCUAAUACUAAGUAAUAACGAGUAAUUUAGUAAUACGAAUUUGGUUAGCUUAAGCAUUAAAUAGUAAACGGAUAUUCAUGUUAGCAUAGUAAAACGAUAUGCUAAUAAUUUUUCUAAUUCAGUUUAACUUAAACAAAAACCUGGAUCAUCAAUCCGAUAUGCCGAUUCCUGCCCAAAAUUGAUAGAAAACCUAAUCGUACAUAUACAAAAACUUAUACUACUAUUUGUUUUGGUCGAACCUUGUACUAAAAUAAAAUGCAUUUUUACAUACGUAUCUACUAGCUUAUUAUAUUCAUUUAUAGUUCUUUGUGAGGUAUACCGUGAAACAUAUUCGAGUUUAAUUCUUUCUUUACACGUGUACAUGUGUGUAGGUAUAUGAAAGCGAUACAUGUAUAUAUAUAGAGAGAGAACGGUAUAUAAAUACAUGUAUAUAUGGAGCAUUUGCUAGGUCAAAUCAUUUUUCUUCAUCCUCUCUUCUGUUCUGCUUCUCCUUCUUUUUUUUUUGGGGGUUCUAAUCUCCUUAUAUUUUCUUCACCAUAUCCAUCAUACCAAACCAAAGCUUACCUCUUAAGAUUAUUACAAUAGACAACACAUCAAAUGAAAAUGUAUUACCGUUGUUCUCUUAUGUAUAUGCGCACAUAAUUAUAUAUAUUAUGCGAAAAGAAAGCGAGUUAAGGAAUACUCCAAGCAGGCAGGGUUUAGUUUUGAUGGAGGAAAACCUGCAUCGAGUUUCACGUAGUCCCGAUGUCGGGACCCACAAUCAAAACGACUCCGUCGCCGAAGACAACCGUCGACGACGGCAUUACAACCACCAUACUCACGGCGUCCAAGUUAAAUGCUCAGGCAGGUCGUGGGCGGCUGCGGCUAUUGCUGAUUGUGUAGCGCUCUGUUGCUGUCCAUGUGCCAUCAUAAACUUUCUUACUCUGACUUUCGUCAAGGUCCCUUGGAUGAUAGGACGGCGAUGUCUCGGAGGCAGACGGAAGAAACAGAACAAACGGAGGCUGCACAAGAGACAACGCCGCGGUAAAAUCAACAGUGAAGACGGGUUUCAUCAUUACAAUAACCGUAAGUUUGAGACGGCCGUGGAAGAUGAGAAAUGCGGUGGUGGUAGCGGCGGAGAUGAUGAUGAUGAUCACCGGUUUGUGGUGGAGAGAGAUGGAAGUUUAACGAAGGAUGAGGAGGAGAAAACGGCGUCGGUUAGUGGGAGUGAAGAGUCGAGAACAAGUGCAAGAGUUGAAGCAGAGAGAGUGUGGUUAGAGUUGUAUCAGAUUGGUCAUCUUGGAUUUGGUCGAGUCUCCUUCACUGGGAUUCAAUGAUUUAAUCGAUCAUUUUUAGGAUUUAAAAAAAAGUUAAUAUUCUGAAAUUUCGGAGAAUAUAAAAUGUGAAUUUAUCUAGCCUAAAUAAUGUAAAAUUUGAUAGUGUAGUGUACUAGUGUACAUUUAUUAGUAAUAGACAAUUAAAAAAUUUCACAUUUGAAACUGAAAACUACAUACUACAAAAAAUUUCACAUUUUGGUAGAGAGUGUGGUUUAAGUUCCUUGUGUAAUUUUUCGACUCUUCAAUGGUUACAUUCUGUGUCGAUUCUCUUACAUAAUAUCCAAAUUUUAAACGGUCGAAAUGUCUUUGACCAAAGGAAAAAAAAGGUCGAAAUGUCCAAGUGAUCAAUCAGUAUAAACCGAAUAGAUAACCGGAUCAAACUAAACCAUGUAAAAACCAGACGCAUUCUCAUUUCCUUUGUGUUAAGUACCCUAAACCUAAUAGGCAAUAGCGUUGCAGUAGUGAAAAGGGCUGCUUCAACUUCCCUUCUCUCCAAAGGAAUGGCUCAGUAUGUUUGCCUUCCCUUCACACCAAAUCUCCACUUUCCCAAACCAAACACGCCCUUGUGUUUCGCUGCUAACCGAAAAUGUUUCAUGGAUUCUUCUGAUCGAGUCAUGUUGGCUGUGUCAGGCAGUUGUUCUGCCAUAAGGAGUUUUCA